CUCACUUUCAUAAUGUAUUCAUGACCAUACAACACAUUCUUCCUACAUAACUACCUUUCAAUCCUAACAGCCUCCCUUCACUAAUAACUCCUUUUUCUCUGAAUAAUUCCCUUUGUUUUUGUGCUCUUUACUUCACCUUACAAAUUAUAAACAACACUAACCAUCCAUCCUCUCAUAUAUACUAGCACAUGCUCUCAUUCAUGUUCCUCCAUAUUUAUUACCUCCACUUCCUUUCUAUUUUGCUGUAGAAAGCUUCUAAGUUAAAGAAUGGACAACAACAACUACAACAACUCACACACAAAGAACUAUUUCGCUUCGCCCGCGCUCUCCCUGUCACUCGCAGGGGUGUUUCGAAAUGCGGGGGCGGUUGCAGCAGCGGAGGUGGAGGAAGGGGACGAGGGGAGCGGAGGCGGGGGGUACUGCAGAGUGGAUCAAGUGGAGAAUAGCAGUGAGAAUAAUGGGCUAGCAGGGCAGUCGGAUGACGAGGAGGGGAUUGACGGCUCGGCGGAAGAAGAUGAGGAGGUUGAGAAUAAGAAGAAGAAGAAGAGGAAGAAGUACCACAGGCACACUGUUGAACAGAUUAGAGUAAUGGAAGCCUUAUUCAAAGAGUCACCACAUCCAGAUGAGAAGCAGAGACAGCAGCUAAGCAAGCAGUUAGGCCUUUCACCCAGGCAAGUCAAGUUCUGGUUUCAGAAUCGGCGGACACAGAUCAAGGCAAUUCAGGAGCGACACGAGAACUCACUGUUGAAGUCCGAGAUGGAUAAACUGCGGGAGGAAAACCGCGCCAUGAGGGAGACAAUCAAGAAAGCUUGCUGCCCUAACUGCGGCUUUGCCACCUCAAACAAUGACACUGCAAUGACUACCGAGGAGCAGCAACUCCGCAUCGAGAACGCCAGACUCAAAGCAGAGAUCGAAAAACUGCGAGGAAUGCAAGGAAAGGUCGCGGAUGGAGCUUCUUCGCCAAGUUCUUCAUUCUCUGCAGGCACCAACCAAAACACCAAAAGCUCUUUUGAUUACUACACUGGCUUCUUUGGGCUCGAGAAGUCGAGGAUCUUAGAGCUUGUCAACAGUGCCUUAGAUGAGCUCACAAAGAUGGCCUCUUACCGAGAGCCAUUGUGGAUCCGAAGCAUUGAGACUGGCCGAGAAAUACUGAACUAUGAUGAGUACAUUUGUCAAUUCUCGCCUGAUACAUCUCAAAAUAAGCAACCCAAGAUAUCAAUUGAGGCUUCUAGAGAGAGUGGGAUUGUCUUUCUCGACAUUGCGCGUCUAGUACAGGCUUUCAUGGAUGUGAAUCAAUGGAAGGAGCUAUUUCCUUGCAUGAUAUCGAAAGCAGCAACUCUCGACGUUAUAUAUGCUGAGGAGAGUGAAAAUAGAGAUGGAACAAUACAACUGAUGUUUGCAGAGCUCCAAAUGCUCACACCUACAGUGCCAACGAGGGAAUUGUACUUUGUUCGGUACUGCAAGAAACUGACCCCGGAUAGAUGGGCCAUUGUGGAUGUGUCGGUCGAUAAGAUUGAGGAGAACAUAGAUGCAUCUCUCGAGAAGUGUCGAAAGAACCCUUCAGGAUGCAUAAUAGAGGACCAAGCAAAUGGCCAUUGCAAGGUUACUUGGGUGGAACACAUUGAAUGCCAAAAGAUCGCAGUUCCAACAAUGUAUCGAUCAAUAGUUAUAAACGGCCUCGCAUUUGGCGCUAGGCAUUGGAUGGCAACGCUACAACUCCACUGUGAGAGGAUCGUCUUCUUCAUGGCAACUAAUGUUCCAACCAAGGACUCCAAUGGAGUCUCAACAUUGGCAGGAAGAAAGAGCAUUCUGAAGCUCGCCCACCGAAUGUCCUUGAGCUUCUGUCAUAACAUCGGCGCAUCUCGGUACAAUACCUGGCAAAAGGUCUCAAAGGGAGGAGAGGAUAUUAGGGUUACAACAAGAAAGAACAUCAAUGAACCUGGAGAGCCCCAAGGACUUGUUGCUUGUGUUGUUCUUUCGACGUGGCUUCCUCUUUCCUCCAUUGCUCUCUUUGAUUUCUUGAGGGAUGAGUCACGAAGAACUGAGUGGGAUAUCACGCUGUCUGGAAGCCCUACUCAAACAAUUGUGAAUUUGGCGAAGGGUCAACACCGCGGGAACUCGGUUACAGUCCACAAGAUGAAGUCAGCAGAAAAGACCAACAAGUGGCUUCUUCAAGACAGCAGCACAAAUGCUUACGAAUCGAUUGUAGUAUAUACUGAACUGGAUGCUGAUAGCUUGCAAUCUGUUAUGACCGGGUGCGAUUCUAGCAAGGUGGCUGUAUUGCCAUAUGGGUUUUCAAUACUUCCUGAUGGGCUCGAGACGAAACCCCUUCUGAUUACAAUGAGAAAGGAGGAGAAAAGCUCAGAAGGAGGAUCAUUACUCACAGUGGCAUAUCAAUUCCAUGCAAAUUCCUCGCCUUUAGCUAAGCUGACCACUGAAUUUGUGGAAAAUGUGACUAGCCUUGUGUCGUGCACGUUGCUUAACAUUAAGAAGGCCUUUCAGUGUGAGGAUGGAUGAUUGUAUGGCAUAAGUGCACCAUCAGAAAACUUUGGAAUUCCAAUUGAAUGUACAUAGAUAAUAGAUCACUGUAUGAAUUUUUAGUUACAGGAUUGCAUAUUGAGUAAGAUUCCAAAGCGAAAAAAGAAUAGGACAAGUCAUAGAUGAGAUAACUUAUUUUGCUAAGCCAAUGUCAGAAUAUCGACAA